AUGCCGACCAAUCGAGCUGCUUGGAUCAGGGGACCAAAGUCCUAUCCCUUGGAGGUGGGGCCAGCCACGUUUCCGACUCCGAAGUCGGGUGAGGUUAUCAUCAAGGCCCAAACCUAUGCUCUGAAUCCAGUCGAAUGGAAAGUCCAAGAACAAGACUUCUUUGUAAAGACCUACCCGUUCAUCCUCGGCGCUGACGUUGCAGGUUAUGUUGAAGAUGUUGGCGAAGGUGUUACUCAUGUUCAAAAGGGCCAACGUGUCAUGGGAUACUGCAUUGGCUUGGGAGUAAACGACCCAGCAUUUGGUGGUUUCCAGCUCUACCCUACUCUGUUUGCUUCGUUGGUCUGUCCAAUUCCGGAUAGUCUGAGCUUCAACGAGGCAGCCGUGGCUCCCCUUGCUGUGACUACGGCAGCGGUGAACCUAUACCACCGCUCUCACCUAGGCUUGCCACUUCCAAGCCUAAACCCUCAACCCAGUGGCAAGGCCAUUUUGGUCUGGGGCGGAUCAUCUUCAGUCGGUUCUACGGCUAUUCAGUUAUCUAUUGCUUCUGGUCUGGAAGUAAUAAGCACGGCGUCGAAGCUCAAUCAUAACCUCGUCAAGUCCGUUGGUGCGACUACCGUCCUUGACUACAAAAGUCCUACCAUUGUGCAAGACGUUGUGUCUGUGCUGUCAGGUCGUGAACUUGUUGGCAUCUUUGACGCUAUUUCAGAGCCAGAAUCCAUCAGACCUGUCAGCGAAAUUCUCGAUCAAGUUGGCAGCCACAAAGUUGGUCUUGUGGUGCCACCAACAAUCGAGCUGUCCAAGAACUUCAUCCCCACAUUGUCGCUUGCUUUUGAGAUCUUGAAUAAUGAUGAAAGCAAGGUUUUGAACCACAUAUGGCAGGAAUUUCUGCCCGAAUCUAUUCGCCGAGGUAGCUUCCAACUCCAGCCUCCCCCGGUCAUUGUUGGCAAGGGCCUUGGUCACAUCCAGCAAGGACUAGAUAAGUUGAGAUCUGGAGUCUCAGGUCAAAAGUUUAUCGUGCACGUCUGA